AUGCCGACGAAGGGCGCUGCGCGUGCUCGUUGGACUGUGAUGGUGGGUUUGAAUGAGACCGACGCGUCUUCCUCUUGUGCUAGCAUGUUGUAG